UAGCUCACACAGUGUUUAAUAAGCGUCAUGCUCCUAUUGGUCAGCUAAACAUUUUUUUUUUUUUUCUCCAAAGUUUUUUUUGUUUUUUCUGGUGACGAAAGUUUUUUAUUAAAUAAACACUAUCCUGAUAUUUCUACACCUUUCUAUGUUGUUUUACACAGCCCACAAACCAUGUCCACCAAUGACAACCAGACAAACCACUUCCACCUCCUCAACUUCCUGAUUUUCCUCCUUACCAAACACCAAUUAUUUCCCUCCAUUUCCCACCCUCUUAAUCUUUUCCUUCAUCCUCACUUAUCCAUCUUUUCCUCUUAACUCAAUUUUUUCAGAAAGUUCCAUUUCUUGCACAUAAUUGAUCCUUUUAACAUAUUCUUAAAAAAAAAAAACAUGUUUCUUGGAUCUUGCAAGGUUUUCUGGGAAAAUUCUUCUAACUUUUUAUUGUUCAUGUAGUUCUUUAACCAUCUUUAAUUCCUAAAUGGUAUUUGUCUUCUCCUGAAAUUGAUACAUAGAUUUGGUAGACGAUCUGCUUCCUUUUUGAGGCUUGUUCUGAUAUGGAAAUCCAAACAGAACAAGUAAGUAGCAAUAUCAAGAGUCAUGGUGAAAGACAUAUUCUUUUUGGAAAGUAUGAGAUGGGGAGGUUAUUAGGCCAAGGUACUUUUGCAAAGGUGUAUAAAGGGAAAAAUAUGGCAACCCAAGAAAGUGUUGCUAUUAAAGUUGUCCACAAAGAUCAAGUCAAGAAACAAGGAUUAAUGGAGCAAUUAAAGAGAGAAAUAUCUGCUAUGAAUCUUGUCAAGCACCCAAAUGUUGUCGAGUUAAAAGAAGUUAUGGCGACAAAGUUAAAAGUUUACUUUGUAAUGGAAUAUGUCAGAGGUGGCGAGUUAUUUGCUAAAGUCAAGAAAGGGAAACUUAAAGAAGAUUUAGCGAGAAAGUAUUUCCAACAAUUGAUUAGUGCAGUUGAUUAUUGUCAUAGCCGUGGAGUUUCUCAUCGUGAUUUAAAACCUGAAAAUCUACUCUUGGAUGAAAAUGGGGAUUUGAAAGUUUCCGAUUUCGGUCUCUCUGCCUUGCCUGAGCAACAUUGGAAUGAUGGGCUGCUGCAUACUCAAUGUGGCACUCCAGCUUAUGUUGCUCCUGAAGUUUUGAGGAAAAAAGGGUACGAUGGUGGUAAAGCUGAUAUUUGGUCUUGUGGUGUUAUCCUUUUUGUUUUGCUUGCUGGUUACUUGCCAUUUCAGAAUGAGAAUCUGAUGAAAAUGUAUAUGAAGAUUUUCAAGGCAGAAUAUGCGAUUCCUCCUUGGAUUUCACCUGAUGCUAAAAGAUUGAUUUCCAAGCUUCUUGUUGUUGAUCCUGAGAAGAGAAUUUCAAUUCCAGAUACAAUGAAAAAUCCUUGGUUUCGGAAGGGACUUACCAAGCCAAUUGCUUUUUCCAAUGAAUUAGAAGAGAAAGGUCAAAAAGCUAUUGAAGAAGAGAAAUUAGGAUUACAAGCUAGCCAUUCUCCACCAUUCUACAAUGCUUUCGAGUUCAUUUCAGCAAUGUCAUCAGGAUUUGAUUUAUCAAGCUUAUUUGAAAGCAAGAGAAAAUCAGGUUCUAUGUUCACUUCAAAGUGUUCUGCCCCUGUAAUCCUGACAAAGUUGGAAUCAGCAGCAAAGGAGUUGAAUUUUAGAGUGGCAAGUGACUCGGAAUUUAAGGUGAAAUUUCAAGGGAACGUAGACGGAAGGAAAGGGAAGCUGGAAGUGACGGCGGAGGUGUACGAAGUAGCCCCAGAGGUGGCGGUGGUGGAGUUCUCCAAGUCCUCCGGCGACACUCUAGAGUACACCAAGUUCUGUGUAGAGGAUGUUAGGCCUGCCCUGAGUGACAUAGUUUGGAGUUGGCAAGGUGAAACCAGCACUCACCAACUAGAUGACCAAGUAGCAACAAGUUAGGUUUGAUAUAAUUAACUAAUUACCAGCAAAAACAUAUAAAAAUGAAACAAAAACUCUAAUUAUACUAUAAAUAGGGCUGUGCUUUUCUUUUCUUUUUUUUCUUUCUCUUCUUCACUUCCUGCUAUAAGCAUUAGGUAAGGUGCAACGUUUUGUGAUGUCAAAAAGGUUUUGAUUAUUUCUGUAAAUGAGGGAAUUGUUAAGGGAAAAUAAUGAGGAUUUUGUCGCCUUAGGUAUUCUAUUUUAUUUUGGCACUUUUAAAAAGAAAAAAAAGAAAAGAAUUAGAGAGCAAUGGCCAAAUGGUUCGACAGAGUGGACAAUUACCAUUGCACUAUUAUGGAAUUAUGAUAUUCUAUUUGGAAUGUAAAGAAAGGCUG